AUGUUUGUCUUAGCCAAUGUCAUACUCCUCCUAGGUGUUCCUGCUGUCGUUGGACAAGUGGGACUUUGCAAUUUUCCAGAAAUAAAGCAUGGCAUUCUCUAUGAUCAAAAGAAGUAUCAGGCAUUUUUGCCAGUUCCAAUAGGGAAAGUUUUCUAUUACUCCUGCGAAUACAGCUUCGUGUCUCCUUCGAAGUCUUUUUGGACUCAGAUAACAUGCACUGAAAAAGGAUGGUCGCCAACACCAAGGUGCCUCCGAAUGUGUUUCUUUCCCUUUGUGGAAAAUGGUCAUUCUGAGUCUUCAGGAAAAAUACACCUGCAAGGUGACACCGUGCGAAUUGUCUGUGAUGGAGGCUAUGGACUUCAAAAUGGUGGGAAUAGCAUUGUGUGCACAGAAGGAGGCUGGUCUGCUGCUCCCGAAUGCAGGUUCAUCAAAAUAGAAUGUCCUCUUCCAUUUUUAGAAGCAUAUUUAGAUGCCCGUCCAAAACAAGAAAAAUACAAAGUUGGAGAUGUGUUGAAAUUUUCCUGCAGACAAAAAUUUGCAAGAGUUGGACCAGAUUCAGUCCAGUGCUACCAAUUUGGGUGGUCACCUGAUUUUCCAACAUGCAAAGAGCAAGUACAACCAUGUGGUCCACCUCCCCAACUCCCCAAUGGGAAAGUGAAGGACUCAAGGAAAGAAGAAUAUGGACAUGGGGAAGUGGUGCAAUAUGAAUGCAAUUCUCAUUUUACAGUGAAAGGGCCUAGCAAAAUACAAUGUAUGGAUGGAGAAUGGACUACUUUGCCCACUUGUGUAGGCCCAGUGCAAACAUGUAGCUCUUUACCGAAACUAGAGCAUGGUUAUGCCCAGCCCUCUGCCCCUCCCUAUCCACAUGGCGCUACAGUGGAGCUGAGCUGCAAAAGCACGCAUACAAUGAUUGGAAACCACAGCAUCUCCUGCCUAAGCGGAAUGUGGACAGAACUUCCAGAGUGUGUUGCCACUGAUCGACUCAAGAAGUGUUCACGAUCAAGCCUUGGUUCAGGAAUAUUCUUCAGACCACAUAUGAGUGAAUAUAAUCAUAAUACCACAAUAAGUUAUAGAUGCACUGGAUCACACAGCUACAUGCGAACCGUCUGUGUAAAUGGGAACUGGAAUCCCAAGCCAAGUUGCACAGAAAAGAACAAGCGUCUCUGCCCCCCACCACCUCAGAUACCUCAUGCUCAAAAUAUGACAACCACAGUGAAUUACCAAGAUGGAGAAAAAGUAGCUAUUCUUUGUAAAGAGAAUUUUCAACUUCAAGAAGUAAAGGAACUUGUGUGUAAAAACGGACAAUGGCAAUCAUUACCACAAUGUAUUGACUCUACACAAAGUUGUGGGCCCCCUCCACCUAUUGACAAUGGCGAUAUCACUUCAUUCCCACUAUUAAAAUAUCCACCAGGGUCAAGAGUGGGGUAUAGUUGCCAAGCCUUUUAUGAACUCAAAGGCCCCGGAUAUGUAACAUGCAGAAAUGGACAGUGGUCAGAACCACCAAAAUGCCUGGAUGCAUGUAUAAUAUCAGAAGAAAAUAUGAAAAAAAAUAACAUUCAGUUGAAGUGGAGAGACAGCAGAAAACUUUAUGCAAAAACAGGUGACAUUGUGGAAUUCAUGUGUAAAGACUCACGCAAAGCAGCACAACACACACCAGCCUUUCGGGCCGUCUGUCACGAAGGGAAAUUUGAAUAUCCCAAAUGUGAAUGAGACAACUGCAACUUCCCUGAAAAUGUUCUUAACCAUAAUCAUAAAUGUGUGCUUGCAGUAUCCCUUACAUAGGCAAUUGUAUAGUCACAGUUUUUAUU